UAACUAUGUUUGUGCGAUAGUGUGAUGUUUUGAGGCGACCUUCAAUCUAAAAAAAGCGAAUGUUGAAAUGAAAAUAAAACAUAAUAAAUAUUUUUAAGAAAUAAAAUAUAAAAAUAAAAACCAGAAAACAACAAAGAAAAUGUCAAACUGCUGUCUGCAAUACGGCAAAUUGUCAAGUUAAAUAAUAAUAAAAAACAAACUGACAAACAAAACAACACUGACAAUUGUGUAGAAGAUUCUUCUUUGGUCGACUUUAGACAUUAAAAUAAAAGAACGAAAGAUUGCUGCCGAAAAAAGACACAAAAGAGACAAAUAAAAAUAUUAUACAUAUUGAAUUGAAUAACAAAACGAUAUUUAAAAAUAUUUUCAAAUUAGUUAAUACAUGGAGCGGGGCAUUUAAUAAUGUUAAAAAACAUUGCAAAACGUACUUAAAUUUCAAACUCAGAAUAGUAUCGAUACUAAAAACUUAACCACAAACUUCAACAACAAUAGUAAAUACAACAUUUGCAUUCGCAUCUCAAGAAGACUGAUUUCAAUUAUUUUCUACACAAAAUGGAAGCAACCAAGUCAUUUAUUGCCGAAAAAUAUCAAAACUUAUGCAACAUUAUGGAACGCGAAACACUGGGUACAGAGGUACUAAUUUAUGGCACUUCGGGUUUAAUGUUGCUGGUGGCGUAUGCUAAACGUAAACCCGCCUAUUUGGUGCGUCCCUUUAAGAAGCCCUCCCACAUACCAGAUCGCCUAAUCAAUGAGCGUGUCAUGCACACUGGUCUCAUCAAGGAUGUACAGCAAAAGGGUCCAGAUACUUUACUGCUCAUCAGUCACCGCCCAUUAAUACCUCUAUUCAUGAGCAAUAAACGUUUGUUGCCCAUUAAGUUGCCGGGCGUAAAGGUUAAUGGCAAUGGUAUUUCCUGGUUGCAAAAUUGUCUGGUCGGACGUGAGGCCACUUUUAUACCACUAAACAACCGCGCCUCCGAUAAAUAUGUUGUCUCGCAACUUUGUUUGGUACAUCCUCCCAAGGGCAAUCGUUUAUUGGACAUUUCCGAAACUUUGCUAAAAUUACGUUUCGCCCGUUUUGCUGAAGAUGCCAAUGGUAGCGUUAAAAGAAACGCCAAGUACUAUAAACAUUUGGCAAAUGUUGAAGCAUCCACACAAUCAAGAGAAUCUAUGCUGGCCAAAGUUUCUCAUUAUCCUUGGAUCUGGAAAGCUUUUUACGAUUUCAAGGCCUCCAUAUUACCCAAAGAAAAACUAUUACCCGAAUUAGUUCGUUAAAUUUAGAAAUUGACGUAACUUUUAAAAACAAAUGUAAAUUUUAAUAAUGUUCUGCAUUUCGACUUGCCGUUAUUAGUGUAUAGUUUGAUCCCUAUUAGCUCAAAUGUUUGGUUUCCGUAAUAUGUAUCUACUUUACAGUGGAAAACUUUAAACUGACCAAAAGGGAAAACUGGUUUCGCUAAACUAAAAAAAAACAGUUAAAACAAUUAAUUACUCAUUUGAAAUAUUUGUGGCAGAAAAUUAAAGUGGAUUUUAUAAAUACAAAGAUAUUUAUUUUAUAGAAAUAAAAAUUUAGGCACUUUGAGACUGAUUUUUUUACUUUUUUUUGCUAUUUAUUUAACAUAUUCAAUCUGAAUCAUGGUAAAAAUAUCAUAUUUUUAUCAUGAUCAUGAAUUACUUUAUGGCCUUUUUAAAGAAAUGUUUUGUAUGGCUAGCUCUUUUGGUCAAUGAUACUACUGCGACCUUUCCAAAUCGGAUAAAUAGAGACAAUUAUUAACCCUUCCAUAGACUUUCCAAUCAAAUAGGUAAUUAAUUCCGUAUUUUGCUACAGAUUAAGUAAAACGUCAAACAGAAAUAUGAAUAAACUCAAUUUCAAAGACCUAAAAUAAACUCAUUCGGAAUAAUAACUAAGGAACUGAAAUAAAUAAUUUUGAUCGAAAGGCCUAUUUAUAGCAUUUUAUGUGUAUUAAUUCAAAUUUUUUUCAACAUAUAGAUAAAUUAUUUGGUUUUAUUCAAUUGUUUUAAAUCACAUCGAAAUGCAGAAUAUUUAUAUUUUUUUCGUUAAAAAUGACUCCACAAACAUAUAUAUUUUAAGAAAAGUUGCAUGUAAUUUACAAGAUUAUUUGUAGAAUAAAUAAUUAAGGAAAAAAUGGAUUGUUUUUUUCAUUUAACGAGAACUAAAAUGCUUUUAAUAUUUUAUUUUGUUUGUAUCGAAACCUGUUUUAUAAGGCGUAUUUAUAACAUAGUUAUAAUAAAUGUAAACAAAUCAUUUCAGUUCAUCUAAUAAAAAAUAAAACAAAAUGAGUUGUGGCAUGG